AUGACCUCCAUGCCCGUUGCCUCUCUGGUUGCCGUGGGGAUGACCUCGGACCUGACUCCCGCACAGUCCUCGGCGGCGUCGAACAGCCCAGACGGAGAUACCGGCGGUGAGGAGACAGGCAAGGCCGAGAAUAACCGCCAGAGUCACCGCAAUUCCCAGGCUCCCGAGCAGAACCACGGGUCGGCUUCGGUCUGGUGUGGCGCCAGAGGCAGAUGUCACCGCCGUCAAAUGACCGGCUUCGCCAGCCUCAGUCUCCGACAUACCCGAGGACGGGCCAGCACCGCCAGCAUCAAAAAUCCCGCUCAGUGGACCAUUCUCGUAUGUGUUGGGUUCGUAGACAACUGA